AUGGGUGGGUUGCAAACUUUGCAAAACCUAUCCUUGGCUCACAACAAAUUACAAGGGUCUAUACCUGAAUCACUAAGUGGCAUGAUAAGUAUUGAGUCAAUAGAUUUUUCCCAUAAUUACUUGUCUGGUGUGAUUCCAAAGUCCUUAGAGUCAUUGCACUAUCUUAAAUCUAUUAAUCUUUCCUACAAUUUAUUGGAAGGAGAAAUUCCAAGUGGUGGUCCUUUUCAAAAUUUUACUGCUCAAUCUUUUAUGAUGAAUAAAGAUCUUUGUGGAGAACCUCAACUACAAAUAAAACCAUGUAGGAGAGGAAACAAUCACAAAUCAAAUAAAGUGAUGCUAGUUGUAAAAUGCUCAGUGCCAAUCAUGGUUGUCAUUUUGGUUGUUACAUGCAUUGUCUUUCUAAAGCAUGAUAGAGACAAUGCUAAUUAUGCAACCAAAAGGAAUUUAACAAAUUUCGAUGGACCAACUAGGAUAUCCUAUCAUGAGCUUUUACAGGGAACAAAUGGAUUUGAUGAGAGGAAUCUUCUUGGCUUUGGAAGUUUUGGAUCAGUAUACAAAGCAAUUCUUCCAAAUGAAAAGAUAGUUGCUGUUAAAGUGUUUAACAUAGACAUGGAACAAGCAUUGAGAAGUUUUGAUAUUGAAUGUGCUGCUAUGUGCAAUUUAUGCCACCGUAAUCUCAGUAAGAUCAUUAGUAGUUGCUCAAAUGAUGAUUUCAAGUCUCUAAUUAUGGAAUUCAUGCCAAAUGGAAGUCUUGAUAGAUGGUUGUACUCUCAUAACUACUGUUUAGAUAUCUUGCAGAGGUUGAAUAUAAUGGUUGAUGUGGCAGCUGCAUUAGAGUAUCCUCAUCAUAGUACUUCUACUCCGAUUGUUCAUUGUGACAUAAAACCAAGCAAUGUUUUGUUGGAUGAAGAAAUGGUGGCUCAUCUUAGUGAUUUUGGUAUAGCUAAACUAUUAGGUGAAGGACAGUUGGAAACUUAUACAAAAACAUUAGCUACAGUUGGCUAUAUGGCACCAGAGUAUGGCUCAAAAGGAGUAGUUUCUUUCAAAGGAGAUGUGUAUAGCUAUGGCAUCAUGCUAAUGGAGAUGUUUGCAAGGAAGAAGCCAACUGAUAAAAUGUUUGUUGAAGGUCUUGAUUUGAAAGAUUGGGUUAGCAAAUCAAUACCGUAUUCAAUCAUCGAUAUUCUUGAUGUCAAUUUGCUGCAUGAAGGGAAUCCAAAUAUUAGCAAUAUAUUACCACAUAUAUCAUCAAUUUUUGAGUUAGCAUUAAGUUGUUGCACUGAAUCACCAGAAGCACGAAUUACGAUGACUGAUGUUGGGGGGAAGAGGAAGCCGACGCUGUUGCUGGGCUCUCUUCUGGAGGCCGGCGAUGGUCUUCGAAAGAGGAGGAGAGUCGCGCCGACAGAGGAGGCGGAGGAGCUCGUUUUCUUCGACUGGCUUAAGGGAGACGGAGACUCAAAGAGAUUCAGACGGAGAUUGAAGGACAAGAGGGCUGGAUUGAGCACGCCGUUUCUGUCUGUGUUCUUCUUCUUAAAUCUUUAG